CGCCUUUAUUGGCGCGUUACUUGUUCAUUGGCGUUCAAGGUGGUCAGAUUAUGCCACACAAGUUACCCUUUCGUGUUGUGUAUGUUUCAAGUCAAGACAGUCAUUUUCCUGUCACGGAACUUAAUCACCAUUACCCAGGAACUAAGGGAUGGGUUUCGUCCCGCUUUUGUUCUUACCCACAACAGCUAAUUUUAUCUUUGGAAGCGAAAGCUAGUUUUCGCAAAAUACAGUUGCUUUGUCAUCAGUACCUAAUCGCAUCUAAAAUCGAGUUUUUUGUCGGAGAUACACCGGAUGAUGAAAUGGAACAUUUUAAAAACGCUAGGUAUACUAGUCUUGGAUAUGUGGCACCUUCGGACAAUCAGGCAACGGAAUAUAAAGUGAGGGAACUAAAGUCAGUUCAUCUGGAAGCUUCUGGCUCAUACAUUCAACUAUCUCUCCACAAAAAUUACCCAAAUAGCUUAAACGCAUAUAGUCAGGUUGGCAUUGUUGCUAUAAACGUGAUUGGUGAUUUUAUUGACAAGAAUGGACAGUCAGAUUCUGAUGAUUCGACAGUAGGUUUUUGCAGACCAGAUUAUAUACCUCUCACUGAAGAUUUAGCGUUUGAUAUGUAUCAAGAUCCCGAAGUCGCUAACGUAAUAAGAAGGUUGGAAAAACAAAAACGUGUAGCUGUUAAGGCUGAACGUUUUGACCAAGCUCAAAGUAUACGAGAUGCUAUAAUUCAACUGCACCAGGUUGGUGAACGUCUUGGUAUAUUAGCACUUGAAAAACAACAAGCUGUUGAAGAAGAGAACUAUGAACAAGCUAAAUUGAAAAAAAACCAAAUGACUGAAAUACGUACUAACAUUUAUAGAGAUAUUGAUAUAAUGAAAUUAUUAUCGAAUAAUACUUCAACAGAACAAAGUAAACAAGUUUAUGGUCGACCCAAUAAUCAGUUUCUUGAUGCGAAUGACGACCGAAACAAGAUUAGUCGAUUAUCACCAAUACGUUUUCAAAGCUUGCUAACAUCUGGUGAUCAAAAUGAUAAUCGGCAUAAUGAUAGGUCAUUGAAUGGCAAUAACAACAAUCAUCAUAAUCAAGGUGUUGAUUAUUUUCCAUUUCGUCAUGCUUAUCCUUCAACUGAUCCUGACGAACGUCCUUUGCCAGCUCUUAAAAAUAAACAUAAAAAUAAUUCAAUAGUCGGUCCACCUGACGAAGAGCAAUAUACAUCAGAAUCGACAAUUCCAGUUAUUCAUGAACACUCUUUUGAGAAUUUCAACCAUUCUGAACAUAUACCAUCACUUGACGCGAUUGAAGUCGUUCAAAGAAACAUAGAUACUCAUGAAGAUGAACAAACAAUGAAAUACUUAGAACAAGCAGCUCAUGAUCGUAUGCUGGAUGAGAGGGAAACGUCUCAACAUCGUAAUCUUAAUAUUCCCGAGCCAAUGAGCGAAACCAAUCGACGUCAGGCUAAUGUAGCUAUUGAUGUUGUAGGCAUUAACCUUGUUACAAAAGCCUAUAGCAAAUCAUGGAUUUUUCGUGAAAAAGCUCUGUUUGAAUUAGGAGAACGUGUCACUGCAUCGAAACUUCCUCCUCCUGUAACACUGCCGGAUAUGGCGAAUCCUGAUCCAAAAGCAGAAAUCCGGUCGACUACAUUUCUUUUACGUCGUGCAUUAAAUGAUCAAGUUUUGUCAAUAUUUCGUGUAGCUACAGAAUUCAUCAAACCAACAAUUGUUGAUUUUGCUGAUAGAUAUGGUAUUCCACGACCUGAUUUAUAUUAUUGUCUGGAUAAAUUAACUCCAGUAAUUUUUCAACGAACUGGUGAUACUUCAUCACGUAUUAGAGAAAUAGCUAAACGACAAAUUUUAGAUAUGGCACAAUGGCCACAGAUGAAACAAAAUACAACAUUUUGGCAUGAAUUAGUUCGACCUUUUUCUCCUGUAACAUUAGAUCGUUUAGCUUUAAGUCGAAUUGAACUAGUAACAGAGUUGUAUGCUAAUCGUGGCGUCGAUCCUGUAUUUUGUAAUGAACACGGUCAUGUCAGUCAGGGGAGUUUUACUUUAGAGGCAUUAACUUUAUUCACUGCAAAAUGCUUAGACCAUCGAUCAAACGAAGUUCGUGAGGCUGCUGAAAAUCUUAUAGUUGCUCUUUAUCGUUCCGAAGAUCGAGCUACUGUUCGUAGACUUAUACCUUUAGAUGAUAUGAAUUUCAAUCGUCAUCCUUUAUAUAGAAGGUUACUUAAAAAAUUUGAUCGGAUUGAUGGAACGUACGAUCCACCAUUGAAAAAUCGACCACCUGGAAUUAAAGCUUCGGAUAAACAAAAAGAAGUCGAAGCACUUCAGGCAGAGGUUCAACAACUUCGUGCUAUAGUCGAAAAUGGCAAUCGUAGUCAUACGACUACACACAAGCCUAAUUCACGUGUAUCACGUACUGUAGCUUCACAAAAUCAUGAUAGAAAAUCUGCUUCAAUAUUGAAAAAUAAUGAUCGUAAAUCUGCAAAUAAUCCACAACCUGCACCACCAUCUAUAUCACCAAAUCGUCAAAAUCAUUCAAUUAAUCGUCAUGGUUCACGAAUUAUAAAAAAUGGUAAUCCACAUAGAAAUUCUCCAGUUCCUAAUGUUCAAUUUGAGAUGAAUCCACAACAGCAUACUGAAGAAGCAGAAUUUUUACUUAGUUUAGAUAAAACAUGUAUAUUUUGCGGAGAACAAAAUGAUUCAUUUACAGAAGAAGGAUUAGAUAUACAUUACUGGAAAAGUUGUCCAAUGCUCCAUCGUUGCCCCAACUGUAAACAGGUAGUUGAAAUAGCUGGUUUAACAGAUCAUUUACUUAAAGAAUGUGAAGCUUGUGCACCGGGACAGUAUGUUCGUUGUACUAAAUGUUCAGAAGCUGUAUUAAAAACACAUUUAAAAAAUCAUUAUUGUGUACCUGUCAAAUUGUCAUCUGGACUACGUUGUCCACUAUGUCAUCAUGAUUUACCAAAUUUACCAGAUUCAGUUGCUCCUGGUGGUCCAGAAGAUGUUUGGAAAGCUCAUUUAUUAGGUUCAUCUAAUAGUAGUAUUCGAAUUCCUCACUGUACAGAGAAUCCAAGAAGUGUACAAAAUCAACAAAAGAAAUAUAAUGGUUAUUCCACAAAAAACACCAAUAUUUCAGAAGCUAAUAAAACAAAGAGUGGAAUACCUCGACCAUCAAAUGUAAACAAAGUUCAUCCAGUUUAAUUUAUACUUUUAUUCUUUAUAGUUUGCUUGCUUGCUUGCUUUGUUUUGUUUCGGUUUGUUUGGUACUAUUUUUUAUUUCAAAACUAAUUCAUCUUUCUAAAACAACAGUUACAACAAUAAUAUACUGUAUCAAUCUUUUUCGAAAUAAAUUUCUUCAGUCAUGUAAAAUUAUUUACUUACCUAUUAAUAUAUUCUCACUUCUUAAUAGACUUCUUGUUUAUGAAUGAAUAAACGUAGUCGUGUAAAUGUUAUUUAUUUUGUAAGAACAAAAAAAAAAUUGGUCCUCUUGUCGUCAUUUUUCAUGCUUUCUUUUUUAAUGCUAUGUCGUAAUCACAUCAAUAAUGUACUUUUGUUUGAAAAAGAAAUAUUUGUAAGAUAAUUUAUUGUGUAGAUGAAUUAUGAUAAUUCACACUACUGUUAAAUAAUCAUUAUGUA